AUUUUAAUGAAAAAUAUGCAAUUAUCAUAUGAUGAACUAUGCCAAAAUAAAUUGCUAGCUUUUACUAUAUUCUCUAAAGUUAAAGCACCUUAACCAUUAAUUGAAGUAAAAUAAAAGUUUAAAAAAGUAAGGUGAUACAGCUGAAUUUAAAUUGGCAUUAUAAGAACAUAGAUCAAGAAUUUCAACUACUCUCUAUUGUUCAGUAUUAUCCACAUUUACUUUUUGUUUGAUUUUGAAAAUGAGAAAUCCUAUUUAUGCUUUGACAGCAAGGUAUUUAAAAAUUAAUAUUAAAUAAGAUCAUCUUUUUUUGGAGUGUUGAAGAAAUAUUACUUUGUACCAGUUUUGCUUUCACAACCUUUCUAAAAACAAAAUAGAUAACUUUAUGAUGAUAAAGUGAAUAAAAUCUUGAAAAAAUAUGAUUUUACAGCUCCAGAAUUUUAAUAAGCAUUUAAAUAGAUUGAAGCAGAUGGAGGAAUAAAGAAAUUUAUGAAAAAGUACCUUACAGAGAAAGAUGAAGAUCCGUAGCAACCAGCUUAAUAAACAUAAUAAUGAGAAAUAUUCAUUUAAUUUAUUUAUUAAUUUCAGAG